CUCCCCAAGCCCGGAAGCGGCCCCGGCCGGACCCUUCACGCGACGGACCAGGGCGGUUGCUAGGAGACGGGACGCCUCAGCCGCAUCCCCGGAGCAUCCCCAUGGCGAGCGGCGCCCCCGCCGGCCCCCGGCGGCCCCUGAGCCUGGCCGAGGUGGGGCCGGGCAGCGAGAACGAGCGGCUGGGGGUGGUCCGGGACAGCAUGCUGUGCAACCCGCUCAUCCUCAAGGCAGAACUGGGGCAGCCCCGGAGAAACUGUUGCACACUGCCAGGCUUUGAUUUUUCAUAUGGGCUGCGUAUCCAGAGGACAGAUGGAGGAGUCCGUGAAGCAAUAGGCCACUGGGACACGGUAAAGCCCAGGACCACCACUUUAGUUGAGGAGAAGCCCCGAGACUUCAUUGCCAUGAACCGUGCUGCUACAAAGGCUGGCUAUACCACAGCCCGUGAAUUUAAUUUGUACUACAAAGCCAAGGACAUUCGGCGCAAAGAUAAAUGCGGUCGCUUCAAGAGUCCUCCCAAAUUACCUGCAGACUUUACUUAUGGCGUGAGACCAAGGCCUAGCACUCCCCUUUAUGACCUUCUCCAACACAAAUACAAGGAGCUGUGGAUGGAGGAGCAGAGAGCCCUGACAGCAGCCCUAAGAAUACAAAAGAAAAAGAAGGACACGGUGCGUGACACGCGCACCACAUGGCUGCGGAAACACCCACCACCUGCAAAGAAGGAGUCCUUCUGGCACCUACCCCACUUGGAGAAGGUUGGGCCUCAUCUCUGUACUUUUCCAGACCGUGGUGCUCAUAAAAAGGCAUUCAGUGCCCCUCAUUGAGAAGUGCCUGCAAGACAUGGUCUCCUUCCCCAGAGCAUCCACACAGCAAGGACCACGGCACUGAGCUGGACACCACAGCCCUUUGACCCUGUGAUAGCCACAGGCUUAUAGGCUUUCUGUCUGAUUUUACAAAGUUAUGCUAAAGAG